AAUAAUAAAAAAAAAAAAACACAAACCCCCACACAGGCAAAAGAAAAUCCUUUCAAAAAAAAACCCAACUCACACACACCCACCAAACCCUACACCAUCUCCCCUUGAUCAUCUACUAUAUACAAUCAAAGUAUCAAACCCUAAAAUUAUGUCAUAUACCAAAUUCAAAACCAUCAAUAAAUGAUGAGUAGUAGUGCAAACCCCAGCUGCAGCGGCGGCGGUGGCGGCAGUGGAGGAGGAGGGAGUGGUGGCGGUGGUGGAGGAGGGCCGUGUGGCGCGUGCAAAUUCUUGAGGAGGAAGUGUGUGCCGGGUUGCAUAUUUGCACCUUAUUUUGAUUCGGAACAAGGUGCGGCUCAUUUUGCGGCCGUGCACAAAGUGUUUGGGGCAAGUAAUGUGUCAAAGCUUCUUCUACACAUUCCAGUACACAAAAGGCUCGAUGCGGUGGUCACUAUUUGUUAUGAGGCUCAGGCUCGCCUGAGAGACCCCGUCUACGGUUGUGUUGCUCACAUCUUUGCCCUCCAACAACAGGUGGUGAAUUUACAAGCAGAGCUCUCAUACUUGCAAGCACAUCUAGCAACACUGGAGCUGCCAUCACCCCCACCUCCUCCACCACCCCCGACGCUAAUGACUCCGCCGCCUCUAUCCAUAUCAGACCUCCCACCGGCCUCCUCCAUGCCAACCUCAUAUGAUUUGUCUUUUCUUUUUGACCCAUUGACCGUGCAAUCUUCAUGGGCCAUGCAGCAAAGGCAAAUGGAUUCACGUCAAUAUGGAGAUGGUGGUGGCUCGUCGACUGCGACCAGUGUUGGUCGCGGCGGUGGUGGGGAUUUGCAAGCAUUGGCUCGUGAACUCCUCCAUAGACAUAGUGGGACGACGUCUCCUCCUCCACAUCAUGCAUGCAAUGACCCUUCAGCAUCACCGUCUACUAUGUCCAAAUGAGGCUUGUUGACCUUAGUCUGUGCUUAGUCUGUGUUAAUGGAGUGCUUUGCUUGGAUAUACUAGCUAUCAAGGGAUCUUGAAUUAAUAUUAAUUCACGUUUUUUCAAUGGGCAUAGUAAUUUAAUAACUACUUUUAUUUUAU